UUUUCAGUGGCGCAGUGAAUCAUGGGAGAUCAGGUGUGACCAGUCUUCACUCUCUCUGCUCUCUUUGAUCCCUUCUGUCGUCAGUUUCCUCGUUCUCGUCACCAAAUCUUUGUCUCCUUCAGAGCCGCCCUUUUCUUCCGGUCCGAACGCGUUUAAACCGGCUCUGACGGCGAUUCGGUACGCGUAACGACACUAUAACGAGUUAUAAACCGUCUGUACUGUUUCAUUCGCGCUACGCUUGCUGUACCUGGCGGACGGAGACACCUGUCGCCGCUCACCUGUCGCCGCCAUGUCCGCGGGACAGUGAAUACAGCAGAGACUCACCGGGAGAAACGACGACACAAACCGAAGGGGUCAUAAGGGAAAAAGGGACAAGCGGGGACUCGAGGCAACAUGGACUUAAUGGAUUCAGGAGGAAAGUUCAGUCCCGUAGAGGACCGGGACUGGGACACCACCCUUCAGUUCCUGCCGGCCCCAGACUCCAAGCAGCUGGAGAAGAAGCCGGGCCACAGGAAGAAGGUCUGGAUCGGAGUGGCCCUGCUGCUGUCAGCUGCUGCUGUGGCUCUGCUCACCGGACUGCUGGUCUGGCACUUCCACCUACGCAGUGAUGUCAGAGUGACGCGAGUGUACAUCGGCUCCAUGGGCAUCAGCAGCCAGCACUUCGUGCCGUCCUAUGAAGAUUCCAGCAGUCUUCAGUUUGCAAACCUGGCCUCUCUGGUCAGACAGCAGCUGAAACUGAUGUACUCCAAAAACUCAGUGCUGGCCAAAUCCUUCAAAGACUCCACAGUCCAGGCCUUCAGUGAAGGAAGCGACGGAGGCGACAGCGUUGUGGCGUAUUACCAGUCAGAGUUCGACAUCCACGUCUCCCAGCAGGCUUCACUGGACGAAGCCAUCAAGUCUCUGGAGUCGGCAACAGAAAGUCAGCAGGGUCGACAUGGACGAGUGCUGCUGAGACCAGCGGACGCUCUGAGCGUCAACAGCGUCGUCUCAGGAGCUGUCGACCCACGCAUGAUGAGGAGCACUUUAUAUGUGAGAAAGUUGUUCAACAUCCAUGUCAGCGAAGCGGGAGUCGUCCAGUCUCCAGGCUUUCCAGACUCUGCGUACCCACCAAACGUCUACCUGCAGUGGAGGCUGAGGGCCAACCCGGGCCACCGAGUCCGCCUGGACUUCCACACUCUGAUCCUGGAGGACAACUGUCAACAAGACUUCAUCAAGAUCUACGACUCCCUGGCUCCCAUCGAGCACCGAGUCCUGACCGAGCAGUGUGGAUACCCUCACGACUCUCUGAGCUUCCUGUCGUCUGGAAACGUCAUGCUGCUGACGCUGGUCACCAGUGAGGACAAGAACUUCCCCGGCUUCAGAGCCAACUACUCCCAGAUCCCCGUGGGCGAGCAAGAGUGUGGAGGUACCCUGACUGGUGACGGAGGCUCCUUCUCCUCGCCGUUCUUCCCCUCCAACUAUCCUCCGCUGACUACGUGUGUCUGGAAAAUCGAGGCCCCAAAGGAAAAGUUUGUGAAGGUUCAAUUCAACAAGUUCCUCCUGGGAAAUAACAGUGACCAGUGUCACAAUGAUUAUGUGCAGGUCAACAGUCGAAGACUGUGUGGCAGUAAGCGAGGAAGCGAGGUGUUCAGCAGCCAAAGCAACAUGAUGACCAUCAAAUUUAACUCGGACUCGUCCUACGUUCACCAGGGCUUCACCGCAGAGUACGAAGCUUUUGUCCCGACGAACCCGUGUCCUGGAAGGUUCCAGUGCACCGACAACAUGUGCAUCAACAAGUCUCUGCAGUGCGAUGGAUGGAACGAUUGUGGAGACGGCAGCGACGAGGACAACUGCAUGUGCGAGGAGUCUCAGAUGAAGUGUAAAAAUGGCCGCUGUAAACCAAAAUUCUGGGAAUGCGAUGGGUUUGAUGACUGUGGAGACAACACUGAUGAAGAAAACUGUGUAAAAUGCAAAGCAGGAGAAUUUUCCUGCAGAAACAAACGCUGUAUCGCAGAGAAGCUCAAGUGUAACGGAAAAGACGACUGCUCAGAUGGAUCGGAUGAGUCCAAGUGUGAAAAAUCUCUGGUGUUGCGGCAGUGUUCAGAGUUCAGCUUCCGCUGCAGGGACGGACGCUGCAUCAGUAAACUGAACCCAGAGUGUGACGAAGAGCAGGACUGUGAGGACGGCUCUGAUGAGGACAACUGUGAGUGUGGGACGAGGCCGUACCGGAGCUCUCGUAUCGUGGGCGGUCAGGCGUCCCGGGAGGGGGAGUGGCCCUGGCAGGUCAGCCUCCACAUCAGGGGUACAGGCCAUGUGUGUGGAGCGUCGGUGUUGAGCAACCGCUGGCUGCUGACGGCCGCUCACUGUGUUCAGGACAACGGACCAAACAAGUAUUCUCAGGCAGACCAAUGGGAGGCCUUGCUGGGUCUGCAUGUGCAGAGUCAGACCAAUGAGUGGACGGUGAGGAGGAACGUGAGGCGCAUCAUCGCUCACCACAGCUACAACCCCCUCAGCUAUGACAACGACAUCGCUCUGAUGGAGCUGGACAGCAACGUCACCCUGAACCAGAACAUCUGGCCCAUCUGUCUGCCCUCCCCAACCUACGACCUCCCAGCAGGGCAAGAGGCGUGGAUCACUGGCUGGGGGGCCACCAGAGAAGGAGGCCUUGCCGCGACCAUCCUGCAGAAGGCAGAGGUCCGCAUCAUCAACAGCACAGUGUGUAAGAGUCUGAUGAACGAUGAGGUCACUGACAGGAUGCUGUGCGCCGGAGUCCUCAAAGGAGGCGUGGACGCCUGUCAGGGCGACUCCGGCGGGCCGCUGUCCGUCACUGGCCCCAGUGGGCGGAUCUUCCAGGCUGGCGUUGUAAGUUGGGGUGACGGCUGCGCUCGCAGAAACAAACCCGGCGUCUACACCCGAACCAGCAAAUACCGGAGCUGGAUAAAGGAGCACAGCGGAGUGUAGCCAGGGACCGGUCUUCUGGAUUACUCGUUUCUCAUGGAUGCGUCUGACUGCUUGAAGUCUGUUUUCAGACCAAAAUAAGUUUUUAUCUUUAUUAUUGAUAACAUUACAGCAUUGCACAUUCAUUUAAGCUUUUUAAGGGUUCAAAUCAUGUAUGAAUGGAUGAAUCAAAGUGCAGCAAAGCAGAAGCUGAGAGCAGCUUGCUGAUUUCUUUUAGGGAAUGAUCAGACCACAACCUGUCUUCUUUUUCAAUAAUAAUGAUUGUAACUGUAAAAUUCAGCGCACUUUGUCAUUUCUGAGCUAAACAGCUGAUUAUGUCUUCUAUGAAAAAACGUGCAACAUUAUCAACGUUUACAUAAGUGAUAGUGCUGAAUAUAAAUGAACUUUCAGUGCACUGGGGAAUGUUCAAUUAUACAAAAGUCUGCAAUGUUUCAUAUUUUUAGAGUUAAAUUUCUAUCUUGAGGUAAAAGAGCUUUAAAAGACAAUAAGUAUCCUCAGCUGCUCUCUGCUGCUGCACAAAACACUAAAACACUUUUCUGAAAAGCUGCAUGUCACUCAGGAAAUACAGACUCUCAGGAAUUCAGCGUUAAAGUGGGAUUGUGUUGGGAAGCAGGGAUCUUCUCAUGCAUUUUCAGCUUUGGUCUACCUUGUAGGAGUGUACUGUGAUGUUUGUAGCUGAAAGACGUGAUGUGUUUCCUCUUGAAGCUUUCUGUCUUCUAAGUAAUGACAGAAAUAUCAUCAAGGCUAGAAGGAAAUGUAUUUAAAUAUUAUCUGAGUUUCCAUUUGUUCCAGCUUCAAGUGUUCAAAUGCUCAAAGCUCACAGUCUUCCCUGUUACACUUGUGCGAUCUUCAGUUGAGCUAAUGGUUGAACAGGUCCAGGAUGUGUUGUGGUUUUACUCACAAUACUCACAAUACAGAAUCUCUUUGGUAUACACAGUUAGACACGAGUUUGACAGGAUCAGCAGGUGCAGGUGUUAAAACUCCAUCACAUACUCUGAGAACAAAAGGUUCACUUCAAGGUACAGUUUAACUCCAGGCUAACAUGCUGUUAGCCUCAUGCUAACAUGAUGUUAGCUUUAGACUAAUUCCAGGCUAACAUGAUAUGAUCAUUUGCUUUUCAUCAUUAUGCUUUUGUAACUGGUUCAUAUGUCACAAAAAUGUGAUUAAAAAACAGAAGUUGAAUGCUCAAACUAAACUUAGAUUUGCUCUAUUGUGUGAACAUAUGUCCCUCUUUAUUGUCAAAUGUGUGUUAAUCACACCAAUAGAUUUGGAUGAGUCGUUACUAACUGGCUUAUUAUUAUCAGGAAUAAAUUCUAGAUUACAUGUCUCUAUUGGUGCCCAUAAUACAGAGAAAAAUGAUUUCUUUUCUUUCUGGUGCCUACGCUUUGAGCCCUGACUGCAUCACUGUUGUGCUAGUACCAGUUUAGUACUCCAGCAAGUAGGCUGAGCCUGAGUGACAACAGAGACAAUUUCUUGUCAGCUAGCUUGAGCUAAGGUUGCUUUUCCAGAGAUGGCUGAUCACCAAAUUGUCCUGUUGGCUCAGUCUGGUUGUGGCUAAAAUAGACUGAACUGAAAUAAAUAAGAUCUACACGGACAGAUUUAGCUGCUACAUCCACACUUCAUCUUCUUUUAAAGCUAGUAGCACUGUGUCACAGAUAACGGACCCUGUGCAUUGGAGUUUACAGGUUUUGGCUCCAGCACUGGCAGCUGAAGUGCUGCCAUGGAAAUUGUUGGGAUAAUAUUUUUUGGUGCUUUGUCAUGCUAAUUUGAUCACUUUUGACAUAUUUGGCCUAGCAGAUCAGUAGAGCUUGUUGUAUAAUCUUUAUUCUUUCACAGGAUCUAUUAUUAGCUUCCAGCUGUGGCUAAUAAUCUGAUUCAAAUUCCACAGCAAAGCAAACAGAACAAAAACUUUAAAAGAUUUGUCAAGAUGCUGAGCCAGGAAAAAAGCUCUUAAACCAUCUUCAGUAAACUAGACGAUUACUGGACUGGAUGUCAGCUGAUCAAUUUUCAUUAGUCAGGUUUAGAAAUCAAACAGCCUUACAGAAGUUAGAUGAGACCUUUUUUUUCCCAUUGAUGUUAAAAUUUCAAUCUUUGACCUUUUGUGUGAGCAGCACUACUGUAAAGCAACCGUCUCUGUUACAUUUGUUUUCUGUUCUUGUUUUUGCACUCUGUGGUGACACAUUUUCUGUUGAAUGUAUUUAUUUGUACAGUUUUGAUCCAUUUGUGUAACAGUUCAGUUCCCCACUUCUGUGCUUACUUUUGUUCUAGUUACACUUUUAGUUUGGGUUAAAUCAUCAAUAAUAUUAAUAAUAUGAGUCAGAGGGUGACAGUUGUAAUAUGAAGACAAUGUUCAUCUUAAACUGUUUUAAUUUUCUCAGCUAGUUUUCUCAACAUUGUGGAAGAAUACAGAAGAAACAUGAAUCAUGUGACCUUGAUGUCGUGAUGAGUUGUAGUUUAAUGUUGUAGCAUAACUUUGUAACAAGUAACAUUUUAAGGUUAAACAAAAAGGUGAAGGUAACCCUGAAUGUACUGAACUCAGGUUUUCUGUGGUUGAAGUUAAUGCUUAAUUGCAAAUACUGAUUUGAAGGCUGAUUAAAUAUAAUGUGCAUAUAAUGCAAUAUAAUGUGCAAAAUAACACAUUUUCUUGUUAUUUCAGUGGGGGAAAACUGCCAAAUGUCAUGCAAUAAAUACAUGUCCAGACUUGCA